AUGGCAACGCUGCAAACACACGACGCUCCGGGGCCCGCCCAAGUCCAAGCUGUCAUUAUCCGGUGCAACAUCGAUAAAAUCAGAUCUCCGCCUUGGUCCGCGACCACAAUCUCCGCCGACCAUCCCGUUUUCUCGCAGGCUGUCCCUUUCCCUCCCAGGGCUCAUCGGGAUCCCGCUGGUCGUCCACCGCGUAGGCACGCGUCACAUGUCGGCACCGUCGUGGCCGCGCGCAAGGACAAGAAGCCGUUACUGCCGCACCAUCUCGAGGGUGUGUGGAUGUACUGCGAUUACAUUCUGGACCUCUUUGGCGAGGGAGGGGGGGCGCCGACACGGUUGUAUAGUCGGCAGGCCUUUGAGAAGUGGUGGGGUGAUUACUGUGAGGAACAGAAACGGCUUCGGACGGGGGAUGGAGGCGAGAAGGAUCCGGAUGACUGCCGGGCGGUAAGGUCGCCAUAUGAAAUCUCGCCGACUUUGGUAGCAACGUUGUCCAAGCUUUCCCUGGAUGGCUUCAGCGGCGACUUUACCGAGCCCAAGAACGUCCUCGACAAAGACAUAAGAGAGACUAUCCUCAAGCUAGAAAGAGCGAGCGAGGAGACCAGAUAG